AUGUCUCUACAUCCAUCAUCGCGCGACCGCCUGAACCAUGCACGCCCCGUCUCCAACGCGCUCCGUUUGCGUACACCCAAUGCUUCAAUGAGCGAUGAGGCCAUGUCCAACGGUUCAAACAAUAACAAUCCGGCGGAGGGGCUGGAGACUGCGGCCGAGGAUGACCCCCGGGUCGCGCGCUGGCGGGAGAACUAUCUGCGCACCGAAGCGCGCAUCACCGCUCUAUUAGGAGGUGAUCAGAUAUAUGAUGGGGUUGAUGGAGAGGCCGCCCGACUAGCUGAUCAGCCCGCCGUAGAUGCGCCCGCAGCACAUGACGCGCGCCCGACCGCGACACCCAAGAAAGCCGCCCGGACAAUUGACGAAGAUGAUUACGGGGACGAUGACGACGAAGAAGAAGAAGAAGAAGACGAUACCCGCACCUCCCCACUCCUUGCGAAGAGCGCCCCGAACGGCAUCCCCUGUGCUGCCAUUGAUGCGCCAAGCCUUCGGAUAUCCUCGCUGUCCAGCAAACUGGGCAUCGACUUCAUUGGCACUCCGAGCGCCGAACAACCCAAGUCAGCUGACGAUGUGCGCAAGAAGCUACAGCAAGACAAGGAGGCUGCCGAAGCAGCGGCCAAGCGCAGCUUCUACACAACGUUCUACACCCUCGAAAGCGACCGAGAUGCCAUGCUGGAACAACAAAGGCUCGACGAGCUUGACCGGCAAGUUGAGACGGAAAUGUCAGGCCAGUCUGCAGCCACGCCUGCACCCGGCGCAAGUGCCGCUCCUCAACAAGGGACGCUGAGCACGACCAAUCUGGGAGCGUCCAGUCUCACCUUGAAACAUCUCAUUGCGCGUAUAGAUGCAGAAAGAGACAAAGUCAAAGCUAGCGACACCCAGCUACGGAGCUUGAUUAGCGAAGUUAGGAAGAAUCGCAGCAAGUGGGCCAAUGAAGACCGUGUUGGACAGGAGGAGCUGUACGAAAGUAUGGAAAAGGUCAUUAUGGAGCUCAAGGCAGGCGAACACGCGAACCCUUUCCUUCAGCGUGUGAACAAGAGGGAAGCUCCUGACUACUACAAUGUGAUCAAACAGCCCAUGGACAUCGGGACCAUGAUGAAGAAGCUCAAGCAGCUGGCUUAUAAGUCGAAGAAGGAGUUUGUAGAUGACCUCAUGCUCAUCUGGGCGAACUGUUUGAAGUACAACUCCGCUUCAGAUCAUCCCCUCCGCAAGAAAGCUCUCUACAUGCGGAAAGAGACCGAAAAGCUUGUGCCACUUAUUCCCGACAUCACAGUUCGCGAUCGCGCAGAGGUCGAGGCUGAGGAGCGCAGAAUGCGCAAUGGUGACGCCGAUGCAGAUGGCGCUGAUGACAGUGAGGACGAGGAGCCGAUCAUGGCGUCUCGCGGACGCAAAGCACCAAGUAAAGGUGGAAAAGGCAGCAGCGCAGCGCGAAAAGCACCUCCAGCAGGUCUGGAAAGUACGCCAGAUCAAGAAAAUAAACCAACAGUGCCGACAUUAAACCACACCGUCUCAAAUCUGAAGAACGAGUUUCUGCGCGCAGACUCGGAGAUGGAGGGAAGUGUGAAUGGUUUUGCCACCCCACCGCCUGGUACCCUGACGCCCAUUGGCCCUAACGGAUUGCUUCGCGGCGGUGCUCAUGGCAGUCAGGCAGACGUAUCUGAGGCCGAUGGCACUGGUGCUUCAGUCAGCGGCUUCCCGGAAGAGGAUGCUGACUUGGAUGAUCUCGAGUACAAAACUUGGAAACAGGUCACCAAAAAGGAUCGAGCUACGAUUGCAGCUGAACGUCACCGGUUGUUCCGGGAGGACCAGCUUCAGCCAGACGAGCCCGCUAUAUUACGUAGCAGAGCGGGCAUGAGAAGAUGGGCCCGACAUCGUAAACAGGCUAUUGAAGAGGGGGCUUCAGGUGCUUCGACUUCUUUAGCGGAGGUCAAAGAUGGCGUGCAAGCUACUACCAGCCAAAGCCUAGCUGAGGGCAUCGCGGGAGAAGAGGAACGGCAGGUGCCAGAUUACUACGAUCCCGUUUGUACAAUUCCAGACCUGGACGAACGCUUGCACUGGGUCGAAGACUCUCAGGGACACGUCAUUCAACAACAUGAAGAGUACAUGCGGCUCUUACCAAGUGGACAGUUCACUGCACCGGACAGUGCUUUGGCAAAGAAAAUGGAAUCUAACAUACGCCAAAUGCAGGAGACAAGAAAAAUCUGUGCUAAGAUUGGGAUUGUCAAGCAAAUGCAGUUGCAGUCGCAGAUGUACCAAAAUCAAUUCCAGAAGUACGAUCCCCAGCCGUUUGUCGAGGCUGACAUCGAACCCGUGGUCGUGUCUGACGAUGGGCCAGUCAUGGCACCCUAUGUCUGUCGCGCAGCCUUGCAACGGAGCGUUGGCAAAAUUUUCUACCACGCCGGCUUUGAAGAAUUCCAGCCCUCAGCUUUGGACGCAAUCACCGACAUAGCAGGAGAUUUCUUCCAGAAACUUGUUGCAAGCUUCGGACUCUAUCGAGAAACUCCAAAGAUGAAGUCAGAUGUAGCAGUACCUGAUGCGAAUGGUACGCCUACACACUGGGUUCCCCGAUUCACCCAGGAAGAAGCGAUUCUACACUCGCUGCAAGUGAACGGUGUUGAUCUGGAGACUGUGGAGACAUACGUGAAAGAUGAUGUUGAGCGGCUUGGGACCAAGCUUGCUGGCAUGCAUGAUCGGAUGCGCUCUUAUUACGCCGAGCUUCUUCGUCCCGCUCUCGAUAACGCUGGAGCCGAUGGUUCUGGCGCCUUCAACGAUGGUAGCGAACAGUUUGUUGGUGGCGAUUUCGCAGAAGACAUUGGUGAAGAUUUCUUCGGCUUCAAAGAACUUGGCUUGGAUAAGGAGUUUGGUGUGGCGUUCAGCGUCCCAUUGCACUUGUUGCAAAACAGGAUGCACAACGCAUACCAAUCUCAAAACACAAACAACGUUACCACCACUGGUGCUCUUAUGGAGGAGCCGGCGAAGUUCGAACCGGUCACCGUACAGAAUGUCACCAAACAGAUCGGGCUCAUGCGUACCUGGUUUCUUACAAAGCUGCACGACAACAGUAAUCAGUCACUUGUCGAGGAUGAUGACCUGCCGCCUAAACAGCGUUUCCCUAAGCCACGUCUUCCUCCGACUGGAAAAAUAUCUAGCCCACGUAAACGCCCACUGAGAGAGCAACAACAAAUGGCACGAAAGAAGCGAAAACUAGACGAAGAAAAAGAUGAAAAUGGCGGCAACGAUCAAGGUUCUUCUGCAAACGGUAACCUCAUGAAAGGUCUCGGCAAACCUGUGGGAAAGCUUAAGCUUGAAAUGCCUCAAAAAGAGAACCAGAAUGUCGCCGAGCCGGAGAAGGAUGACGGCAGUGCUGUGGGGAUGAUUAGCCCCGAGAGCAUUCUUGCGGCAUGA